GCAACGGCCCCUGAGUGGCGGCUGGCUCUCUCAUAUCGCUCUCGCUUGACUACCAUUGCUGCACGCAUUGUUGAAGUGAAAGGAAAGUGGACAGCUUGAUCCUGUCUGUGGGAUGCACCGACAGAGGAAGUGGGAGAGUACUUGGUUUUUGGUGUGAGGUACAACAAAGCAGAAAGGCUGGCCAGAAGACACAAAUCCAACAGCGGUGGUUUUUUGGCCACAACAGAAAAAAGUGCGUCCACCCCUGCCAUAUCAGGGAGAAGAAGGCGUUUCACUGCUGCCGCAUUUCAAGAAACAGUGAGCUCCAUUUGUGGCGUGGGUGGGCAGGUGAGGGUUAAGCUGUGGUGACAACUUUGGGCUGCGUGCCGAAGUGUGGUGGGGAAGAGGAAAAGGAAGAGGAAGGAGAGAAGGAGAAGCAGGCGGAGGAGGAGGAAGAGGAGGAGAGGAGUAGUGGACCUGGGCCUGGAGCCCAAACACGAGCAGGAUGGCGGAGAAGAAAGUUAGCCUCCCUGCUAAGCUGAUUAAUGGGGGCGUGGCAGGCCUGGUUGGUGUGACAUGUGUAUUUCCUAUUGACCUGGCCAAGACCCGCCUACAGAACCAGCAGGGCGUCCAAGUCUACAAAGGAAUGCUGGACUGUCUGGCAAAGACGGUACGCUCGGAGGGCUAUUUUGGAUGCUACAGAGGUGCAGCAGUGAACCUCACGCUUGUUACACCAGAAAAAGCCAUCAAGCUCGCGGCCAAUGACGUCUUCAGACAGAAGCUCUCUAAAGAUGGGCGUUUGCCCCUGUGGGGGGAAGUGCUGGCAGGCUGUGGGGCUGGGACCUGUCAGGUGGUCGUCACCACUCCUAUGGAAAUGCUUAAGAUCCAGCUGCAGGACGCAGGACGGCUCGCUGCACAAAGGCCCAUGCCAACUGCAGCUCAGGCUGCUGCUCCUGGUCCAGCUCCAUCGUUGGUGGCCCCUCCAUCAGAAGCCCGGCCGACCCCUCCACAACGGCCCUCGGCCACCAGCAUCACUGUGGAGCUGCUGAAGACCCGUGGACUGGCUGGCCUCUACAGGGGGGCAGGGGCCACCUUAAUGAGGGAUGUCCCCUUCUCAAUGAUCUACUUCCCGCUGUUUGCGAACCUCAACGCACUGGGUCUGGAAAGAGCAGGUGGUCAGGGUGAUGUGCAGGCCCGGGCGCCAUUCUGGCAGUCUUUUGUGGCAGGCUGCGCCGCAGGCUCAGUGGCAGCUGUGGCUGUAACACCACUGGAUGUAAUAAAGACUCGUCUGCAGACCUUGCAAAAAGGAGAGGGGGAGGACACAUACAGAGGAAUUAUUGACUGCACAAGGCGCAUCAUGAGGCGAGAGGGCCCAUCAGCAUUCCUAAAGGGUGCGACAUGUCGUGCUUUAGUCAUUGCUCCUCUUUUUGGCAUUGCGCAGGGUGUCUACUUUCUUGGGGUAGGGGAGAUGGUGCUGGGUUUGCUGGGAUAGCGGUGCUUGGCAUUAGUGCUGGCAGUUGUGUUAUCUCUGCACACAUAACUUGCCACUUUAAUCUGCGUUGAAUGCAUGACACCACUGGGUGAACGGUGAAUAAAGAGAGAGAGGGAGAAGGCAGCCAUGAUCUGCUAACCAAAGGAGGAAGAAUGGUCCGAGAUUGGAAGAGGCUCUAUUUACUAAUAUGUGGACCAACUGGUUCACACUAAUCAACUUUCUCUAGGUUUUCACAUGCUGUCAGCAGGGUUCAGUAGGUUAAACAGGGUCCUGUGUAUGUGUGUGUAACUAAUCUGAGGGUAUGUGUCCCAAGUUGUCUGGUUUAUCCCUGCGAGCUUGCUGCAAUAUGUCUGGGGCUCUUCCUUUCUGUCUGGUUGUUAAGAAAGAGCUGCUACAUGUUGUUUGAGGCUGCUAACUAAAAUGCCUACCAAUCUGACCAUUUAUAUGGUCGUGAUGAAGAACUGUGCAUCAUUCAGCGUUAGUGACAAAUCCCCCUUUCAGUCUUUAUCAAAUGCUAUUGUCUAAUGUUUGACCUCAGAGUCUGAACUAGGUAUUUGGCUUGACCAUCAAAUGCCAGUCAUUUAGACUUCAGUGUUUGAUGUGUUUCUCUGGAGGAGGAGCUCGAUCUCCUUCGACCUACCCUGUAAUGCAUUCCUCUCACUCCAUCCGUGAGGUCUGAGUUGUAAUCUUGGAUUCCCUCACUGGAUUGGGAGGUACUGCCUGUUAGUGUCUCUAAGGUCAUUUGUUAAUCUGAUGGUAAUGCUUUAAUCCCUGUAUUAGCGUACAAUAUACCCUAACAUACAGCUCACUUCCUGCCUAAAGGCCACAGGUUAGACUGCUGGGCCACUGUCUUGUAGCCUUGACUUCCUCUUCUUCACAGCUUGGAAGGGUUUUAAAAAACCUGUGAGAAGUCUAGGGCUGUUUUUACUGCUUAGAUAUACAUAAAAAAAAAUAUGUUGCUUCAAAUGAUGUGCGCACAAUAACUUUAAAAAAAAUGCAAUUAAAGCCUUAUCAUUGCUGAUAGUUUCUUAAGCAUCAAAACUGUAAGUCUUGAAUGAAUUCAGUGGAACUGGUGGUGUUGAAAUAUUGUUUUGGUACUUGAGUCCAGUUUAGCGAGGACAAUUGUAUUUGUUAGACCCAUGGAGGGAGUAUGGCACCCUGUCUUGCCAACUGUUUGCCAUUACUUAAGUCCACUGGGUGGCACUAAAAGCAUUUUUGUUUUUUACAUUUUUAAUGCAAGACACAUUUUGAUGUGGCUAGUGUACCUAGGCUACUACAUUUUCCUCAUUGUAGAGUGAACAUAGCCUGAGUAAACUGUUUGUUUACAAGCUGUAAAUAAAGAUA